UCAGUUAAUAAUCACCAUACGUACACUAUGAAUUGGACCGCUUGUUGCAAAAUUCUUCGGGAUCAAUCAAUUUUCAAACGAUUCUGUUUGUCAUCUUAUAGCUUAAAUUCUGGUAUGUCGAAUCUUGCACAUUCCGGUGAAGAUGGCCAAGAAGUAAUGUCGGAGAUUAAACAAGAAACUGAUCAAUGUAGUGAUGGCCCAUUUGACGGUGGCGAUCCAAAAAUCGACUGUCUUCAUUCUGCUCAAUCAAUUCUUUUGGACCGACUUCGCUCAAUGAAAUUCCGAUCAAAGGAUGUAAAUGCUGAUCAUUUCAUUGAUUUGUGGGCCGACCAUCAACUGCCUGAACUAGCUCGAAAAAUUUUACAACUUUUGUCACAAACGGUCAGUGGCCGACAUUUAUUUGACGAAGAUAGAAAUGCUGCCGAAGAUGAUUCUGAAGCAUGGACAAAUGACAAGUUGGAAACAUUGAAUCAAUUUGUCAGAUCAUUUUUGGAUUUUAAUAAAGACUAUUUCUCAGUCAAUCAUAGCCAUUGUCUUAGUGAAGAUUCACAUAGUGAUACGGCUUUUACCGACGAAGAUGAAAACGAAGACUCAAAUGAGCGAAUGAAUACCCGAUCUACCCGAAGGCGGCAACAACAAUCAACAUCAAAACAGGCUACUAGUCCCAAGUCUUCGAUUAAACAAAGAACUAAAAAUAAAUUCACUAAACAAACUUCCCCAAAUCCAACGAUUACGAAUGAACGGGCAAUGACAACCAAAUUGAGUUCUGAUAAAUUCCUCGUUGAUUGUAGCUCAUCAUUGAUGUUAAAAUUGAAUUCGUCGCUUUAUGAUCCAACAUUUCCAGUAAUGUAUGGUAUAGCAUUCAAUCCUUUUAGUUACCCAGAUGAUGUCUUUGCCGUUUGUGGCCAAUCAGUACUUAUUGCGUAUCGAUGUUUGCCCAUGAUCGAUCAGCAGCAAACGAAUCAUAAUGGUUUACAACCAUUGUUUGCUCAUACUGAUCGUAAUGAUUCAUAUUAUUGUUGCUGCUGGUCACAUGAAUAUCAACGACCCGAUCAUCCAUAUCUAUGUGUUGCUGGUGAACGUGGUGUCAUUCGUAUUAUUGAUGUAAGGCGACAAUGUGAAACAAAAACCUUACAUGGCCAUGGUGCCGCCAUCAAUGAUCUCAAAAUUUGUCCUCGUGAUCCAUCAUUGAUGUUAUCUGCAUCAAAAGAUUCAGGUAUUCGUCUUUGGAAUAUUGCCACAAAUGUAUUGAUUGCAAUAUUCGGUGGUGUACAAGGUCAUCGUGAUGAAGUGUUAGCUAUUGAUUUUCAUAGGUCACGUUUUAUAUUCGUUUCGGUAUCAAUUGAUCACUCUAUCAAAAUUUGGUCAUUUCGCCAUCAUGAAGUAGCUAAAGCAAUCGAAGCAUCUCGCCAUUUCAUUUCGGAUCACAAUGCUCAACAAUUUCCUACCGUUUCUCAACAUUUCCCCAAUUAUUCUACUCGCGAUGUUCAUCAUAAUUACAUUGAUUCUGUACAAUGGUUUGGUGAUCUAUUGGUGACUAAAUCUUGCGAUGAAAAAUUAAUUAUAUGGAAACCGGGUGCCGGCGAAAACGAUACGCUAGAUGAUCUUGAACGACGAACAUAUUAUUCGGAUUCAGCGAUCCACGGAACUUCAGAUUCGAAUGGAGAUUCGAUUGGAUCGAAUGUGGUUAUCAUUCGCCAAUUUGAUUUGGAUCGUAAUAAUAUUUGGUUUGUACGAUUUUCAUUUGAUCUAAAUGAAUUCGUUUUAGCCGUUGGUAAUCUACAGGGACAUUUAUUUAUCUAUGAUCUUAAACAUUUUGAUCCCAAAGAUUAUCGUUUAGCUUUUGAAGUUCCCGUUCCAAUUCCUGUCAUUCUUUGCCCGCAGAAAAAGAAUAAUCAGAUACCACAACGCGCCUACAGUCGAGUAAUUCGUCAGACUGCAUUCAAUCAAGAUGGUACAAUAUUGAUUGUAUUGGGUGAGAAUAGUUCUGUCACUCGUUAUGAUCUAUUACGGUUGACUAAACCAAUGAUUCGAGCUUAUCUUAGUUCGCUGCUCAAUCGAUAAGGAAUUAAUUGUUAAAAAUAAAAGAUGAAAUUUAUUUUACAUGAUUAAAAUUCUAUUCGCUAUUUU